AUGUCUAGCACAAUCAUCUCUCUCGUGUCCAUGGCAAUUAUGACAUCUUAUGUCAUCCAUGCCUCACCCGUCACGUACUACAGGUUCCCGAUCCACGUGAACACCGUGAACAUUGCCAACAACGUGAUCCAGUCGAGGGUCAGCCAACGCGACGUCUUCGGGCUGUCCAAGACGCUGUCCGGGGGCGCUGACUCCGUCGUCUCCAGCCUCGACCUUCCUUUGCCUGAAGUGUCCAGCAGCGUCAAACAGAAGCGCUCUCGGCAUUCCAACAGCGAAGUGAGAAUUCCGGACUCUGUUGCCGAGACUCGUGAUCUGGACUCGAGCAACGGCGACUACGAGGACGACCUUCAUUACGACGACCACCCUUCUGCGGACGACUACCCCGCUCAGGACGACUACCCCGCCCAUGAGGACCACCUUGGCCAUGAGGGUGUGCGCGCUAAGCUCCUCGCUGCCAUGGGAUUGUCCUCGGCACCUUCCCUACACCACGGCACGGGUCGCGGGCGUCACGUACCCGAGUACAUGUGGAGUAUGUACCGCCAGCUGGUCUCUUCGCCCGCGUCCUGCUCCAACACGGCUUUCGUCAGCGUCCCUAAUCUAUUCGGCGACUUCUCCACCGGCUGCCACGCCCAAGAGAUCUUCUUCGAUCUCAGCCGCGGGGAGGAAGCCGGCCACAACCUCCAGUCUGCGCAUCUGCACGUCGAACUCCCGCUCAAAGCCGGCCACAAGCACAAGAAGGCCGCCCACAGCAAGCACGCCCACAAGAAGACCCCACACCAUCACCUACCCCACACCGCCGCCCUUCUUGAGGUUACGCUUGCCUUCCUGGACAACACCACUGCCCCGAGGAAGAAGAUCAUAACCGAGGGGGAAGACGCCGUGUUUGACGUCACAUCUGAAGCCCAAGCGUGGAGUAACGGGAGCGGUCCUCGCGUCGCCGUCACAGUCCGGCCUCUCACUGACGUCUCCAACACCGAGCACCACAGGGAGGACGUCGGCUGCAGCAGCAUGAAAUGGGAAGCCUCCCUCAUGGUAGCCUGGGACGACACCUCAGCUUGCUCCUCCCAAGGGGAACUCUCCUACCCGCCGCAGGGCCUCCAGAAGGACGAGGAUGUGGAGGAGGAGGAGGAAGAUGAAGAAGAAGAAGACGAAGUCUACGAGGAUUACUUCGGCAUGAGCGAAGAGUCUUCAGGGAGCCGCGUGCGAAGGGGAGCUCACGGCGCCAACAAGAAGGGCCGCGGGAAGAAGACCUGCAAGCUGCGAUCCAUGUACGUCAACUUCAGGGAAAUCGGAUGGAACUCCUGGAUCAUCGCUCCUACUGGCUACGAAGCCGGCUCCUGCUACGGCCGCUGCACCUUCCCUCUCCAGUCGCACAACACCGCCACCAACCACGCCGUUGUGGCUGCCCUUCGUCGGGAGCUCCAGGGCAGAGGUCGAGGCCCCAGCUGCGUCCCCACCCGACUCGAGGCCAUCUCCCUGCUGUACUACGACGAGGCUAACAACGUCGUCCUCAAGCAGUACCCCGACAUGGUUGCCAAGAGCUGCGGCUGUCGCUAAGGGCUCCGGGAUAGCUUGGUCGCCGCGGCCCUCGUUAGUCCAGUUAUAGCAACUAUCAUCGUUAGUUCAAUUACCUGCAUUAUCGUCGUUAUUUCACCUAUCGCCGUUAUCACCGUUAAUCCACUUACGUCCAUUAUCACCAUUAUUUCAAUGAUCUGUAUCAUCAUCGUCAUUCCACUUACGUUCAUUAUCACUGAUAUCUCAUCUCCUUCAUUCAUUUCAUUUCACACCUCAUCACUUGCAAUUUUCCUUACUCAAGUCUUAGUCAUCAUCUUCUUCUUCCAUCUAUGACACUUUUCUUUAUUCAUUUGUCUUUAUCCAUCCUUUCCUCUCUUGUUCUCUAUUCGCACCAAUUGGUUUUCUCUCCAUUGUGCUCAU